AUGCAUCGUUUGUCAGCUAAAUCCAAACUCCCCACCGCCAAAACCAUCGUCUCCACCAUCGGCUCCAUCGCCGCCACCGCAAUGGUCGUCCGCAGCGUCGCUCGGGAUUACUUGCCCCCUGAAUUCCGCGACUACCUUUAUCUCGGUUUCCGCAAUUUCAUCAACAAAUUUUCCACACACUUGACCAUGGUCGUCUAUGAAUUCGAUGGGUUUCAGGAUAAUGAAAUCUACAACGCCACAGAACUCUACGUUGCCGCUAAAAUGUCUACUGACAUCCACCGUCUCAAGGUCAUCAAAAACCCUACCCAAAAAAAUAUCACCGUUACCAUGGAAGUCAACGAAGACUUCACCGAUACUUUCAACGGAGUCAAAUUCUAUUGGUCUUUGGUUUCUAAGAAGACUCCGACUAGACAAUAUUACAGUCACGAUAAUCGUACUUCCCGAACUGAUCUCCGAUCGUUGGAACUCACGUUUCAUCGGGAUCACAAAGAUCUGGUGUUGAACGAAUACUUGCCGUUUAUACUUAAUGACGCCGAGAUGAAGAAACAAGAACAGAAAACAGUGAAGCUAUUCACGGUCAACACGAAUUCGUCGUAUUCGAGGAUGGCUACGGCAAUGUGGACGUCGGUGAACCUUGACCAUCCGGCGAGUUUUGCCACGCUGGCGAUGGAUGCCGAUACGAAGGAGAUGGUGAAGAAGGAUUUGGAUAGGUUUGUGGCGAGGAGAGAGUAUUAUCGGAAAGUCGGAAAAGCAUGGAAGAGAGGGUACCUGUUGUACGGUCCGCCGGGGACGGGGAAAUCAAGCUUGAUCGCGGCCAUGGCGAAUUACCUGAAUUUUGACAUAUAUGACUUGGAGUUGACUGAUAUUAAGUCAAACUCGGAGCUGCGGUCGUUGUUGGUGGCGACGGCCAACCGUUCGAUACUGGUGGUGGAGGACAUUGAUUGCUCGGUGGAGUUGCAUGACCGGGUAGCCGUAGAGGCGGCAAAAGCUGCAGCCCCGAAGAAGAAAGAGAACUACCCUAAAGAGAAAGAGGUAACCUUGUCAGGAUUUCUUAAUUUUGUUGAUGGAUUAUGGUCAAGUUGUGGCGAUGAGCGAAUUAUUAUAUUCACCACUAACCGAAAAGACAAACUUGACCCUGCACUUAUUCGUCCAGGUCGUAUGGACCUUCAUAUCCAUAUGUCCUAUUGCACCCCAUGCGGGUUUCGUCUUCUUGCCUCUAACUAUCUUGGCAUCACGCAACAUGAUCUUUUUAACCAAAUUGAGGAUUUGAUGAGUGAGGUGGAUGUUACACCAGCUGAAGUAGCAGAGCAACUACUUAAGGACGACGACCCAAGUGUCGUUCUCGAUGGUCUCAUCAAGUUCUUUGAUGUAAAGAGAAAAAUGAAUGAAGAGGCAGAGGCAAAGAGAAAGGAGAAAGAAGAAACAGAGAGAAAAAUGAAUGAAGAGGCAGAGGCAAAGAGAAAGGAAAAGGAAGAAGCAUAGGCAGAAACGGCAAGAAAGGAGAAGGAAGAGAUAAAGAUAAAGGUAACGUAAAAAGAAAAAGAGAAGGCAAAAUUGGAUGCAGAAAAAUGAGUGAAAAGGAAUAAAAAUCGUAAGGAUUAAACUUAUUCGACUUGUGAUUUUGGAUACAUUCUAGUUAAAAAAACGGGCAUGCAUAUUUUAGAU